CCGAGCGAGCGGCAACUCCCCGGCUGGCGCGGCUCGCCUUCCCGGCUCCUUCCGCACGGCGAGCUCAGCCCCGCUUGAUUUUUCCUUUUCUAUCCCAGCCCUCUCCGGUCUGGGCGGCGGCGGCGGCAGGGGGAUGGGGGACAGCGAGGGGAAGGGGGUGAACAUCGAUGAAGAUUAUUGUUCUUUUUAAGGAUGCCUUAGCUUCCUCCCGCCGCCUCUUUUUUUGAGCCUUCCUACUAGAGACCGUGAACCAGAGUCAGGGAUGUGAAGAGAGGGGAGGGGGAAACGCCAGGAGCUCCAGCCAGCCGGGGAGACCCUCCUCUCCGUGGAGGGGAGGGGGAUUUCCAGCGACAGAUCAUUGACGAAGGGGACCAUCGCGGGGAGAGGAGCCCCGGAGGGAGCGGGGAAUCCCACAGCCCUUUGUGGCGCCCGAGCCCGUGCUGCCUGCUGAGCGGGGUCUGUGGGAGCUAGGUGUGUCCGUGGAAAUGCCGGCCACAGAGGGAUAUUGCUUGAGUUGACCUGGCGACCCCUUCCUUUGAGGACCCGGGCUCUGUGGCUCUGUUUGGUCCAAAAUGGCCGAGAAGGCCCCCCCUGGCUUAAACAGGAAGACUUCAAGGUCGACGCUUUCUCUGCCACCAGAACCCGUGGACAUUAUUAGGAGCAAAACGUGCUCCCGGAGGGUGAAAAUCAACGUGGGGGGCCUCAACCACGAGGUCCUGUGGCGAACGUUGGACCGGCUGCCCAGGACCCGCCUGGGGAAGCUCCGGGACUGUAACACGCACGAGAGCCUCCUGGAGGUGUGCGAUGACUACAAUCUGAGCGAGAACGAGUAUUUCUUUGAUCGGCAUCCCGGAGCCUUCACCUCCAUUUUAAACUUCUACCGGACAGGGAAGCUCCACAUGAUGGAAGAAAUGUGCGCGCUGUCUUUCGGCCAAGAGCUUGAUUACUGGGGGAUUGAUGAGAUCUACUUAGAGUCCUGCUGCCAAGCCAGGUAUCAUCAAAAGAAAGAGCAGAUGAACGAAGAGCUGCGGCGCGAGGCAGAGACCAUGCGGGAGCGGGAGGGAGAAGAGUUCGAUAACACCUGCUGCCCCGAGAAGAGGAAGAAGCUCUGGGACCUGCUGGAGAAACCCAACUCGUCCGUGGCUGCAAAGAUCUUGGCCAUCGUGUCCAUCCUGUUCAUCGUACUCUCCACCAUCGCACUGUCUCUCAACACGCUCCCGGAGCUGCAGGAGAUGGAUGAGUUCGGACAGCCCAACGACAACCCCCAGUUAGCACACGUGGAGGCCGUGUGCAUCGCCUGGUUUACCAUGGAGUACCUUUUACGGUUCCUGUCCUCACCAAAUAAAUGGAAGUUCUUUAAAGGCCCGCUGAACGUCAUCGACUUGCUGGCCAUCCUACCGUACUACGUCACCAUUUUCCUCACCGAGUCCAACAAGAGCGUCCUGCAGUUCCAGAAUGUGAGGCGCGUGGUUCAGAUCUUCCGAAUCAUGCGGAUCCUCCGGAUCCUGAAACUCGCCAGACAUUCGACAGGCCUGCAGUCUCUGGGUUUCACUCUCAGGCGGAGUUACAAUGAAUUGGGUUUGUUGAUAUUGUUUCUGGCCAUGGGGAUAAUGAUAUUUUCCAGCCUGGUAUUUUUUGCUGAGAAGGACGAAGAUGCUACCAAGUUCACCAGUAUCCCGGCCUCCUUUUGGUGGGCCACCAUCACCAUGACCACAGUAGGCUACGGUGACAUCUACCCAAAAACGUUACUAGGGAAGAUCGUGGGAGGCCUCUGCUGUAUUGCCGGGGUUCUGGUGAUCGCCCUUCCCAUCCCAAUCAUCGUGAACAAUUUUUCUGAGUUUUACAAGGAGCAGAAACGCCAGGAGAAGGCCAUUAAAAGGCGAGAGGCUCUUGAGCGGGCCAAAAGGAAUGGAAGCAUCGUGUCUAUGAACUUAAAAGAUGCCUUUGCUCGAAGUAUGGAACUGAUAGACGUGGCUGUGGAGAAGACAGGAGAGUCGGCCAACACCAAGGACUCCACAGAUGAUAAUCACCUCUCUCCGAGCCGGUGGAAGUGGGCCAGGAAGGCUCUGUCGGAAACAAGCUCCAACAAGUCUUACGAGAAUAAGUACCAGGAGGUUAGCCAAAAAGACUCCCACGAGCAGCUGAACAACACUUCCUCCUCCAGCCCACAGCAUCUGAGUGCCCAGAAACUGGAGAUGCUGUACAAUGAAAUCACCAAGACCCAGCCUCACUCUCACCCAAACCUAGACUGCCAGGAGCAGCCCAAGAGGCCGUUGGCGUAUGAAGAAGAGAUAGAGAUGGAGGAGGUGGUCUGCCCACAGGAGCAGCUGGCCGUGGCGCAGACCGAGGUCAUCGUGGACAUGAAGAGCACCUCCAGCAUCGACAGUUUCACCAGCUGUGCCACCGACUUCACAGAGACAGAGAGGUCGCCCCUGCCGCCACCCUCCGCAUCUCACCUGCAGAUGAAGUUCCCACCUGACCUCACAGGGAUAGAGGAGCACCCCAGAGCCAGGGGCCCCCCAUUCCUAACACUAACCAGAGAGAAGGGGCCGGCGGUUAGGGAGGCCACCUCAGACUACGCUCCGAUCGAUGUAACUGUGAACCUCAAUGCUGGCAGUUCCCAAAGUGGGCUCCCUGGCCCCUUGCAGUCUGACAGUGCCUCUGAGAGCCCAAAGAGCUCGCUGAAAGGCAGCAACCCGCUCAAGUCCCGAUCGCUCAAGGUGAACUUCAAGGACAACAGAGGCGGUGCCCCGCAGACCCCACCCAGCACAGCCAGGCCACUGCCGGUCACCACGGCUGACUUUCCACUCAGCACCCCUCAGCUCAUCAGCACCAUCCUCUUAGAAGAAACACCCUCCCAGGGAGACAGACCCUUGCUGGGCGCUGAGGUUCCGGCACAUUGUCAGGGACCCUCCAAAGGGCUGACACCUCGGUUUCCCAAACAGAAGCUCUUUCUUUUCUCGACACGAGAGAGGAGGAGCUUCACGGAAAUAGACACUGGUGAAGACGACGACUUCUUAGAGCUCCAGGGGACCACGAGGCAGGACAAGCAGGCAGACUCCAGCCCAAAUUGCUUUGCAGAUAAGCCUAGUGAUGGAAGAGACCCUUUAAGAGAAGAGACCUCUGUGGGCUCUUCCUCUCCAAAGGACACAAGUCACAACUGUAGGCAAGACAUUUACCAGGCUGUGGCAGAAGUAAAAAAGGACAACAGUCAAGAAGGGUGCAAGAUGGAAAACCACUUGUUUGCCCCAGAAAUUCAUUCCAACCCGGGAGACACAGGUUACUGUCCCACACGUGAAACCAGCAUGUGACUAGUUACAAAAGCAAUAAAAAAAAAAAAAAACUUGUUUCUUAAAAAUGCGGUUAAUAAUACCUGUGAACUAAAACGUGGGAAGCCCCUCCUUCCCAAAAAAAGUGCAUAAAAUGUUAUUUUUGCAUGGCAUGAACAGUUUAGUUUAAGUACUGUUUAAAUAAAGAAUCAAGACUGCAUUUUGUAACAAACAAACAAAAAUGACUGAAGAAUAGUGAACAAAUAAAGAAAGCUCUAUUAGGAACCAGUAUUCUGCAAUGUCUGACAUUUUUGAUCCUUUCAUUUCAGAUUGUAGACAGAGUUUCAACUUUGAGCUUUUCUGUUACCAUGAAUUUUAGAAUUCGCACAUGAAAGGAUGAAAUGUCAUUGCAUGCAUUCACAAUUGGGAGGCGCAAGGUGCUUUGAGCUUGCAAAAUGCAUAACUUUGUAAAUAACGGGGCCUGGGAUGCAAAAGUGUCAAGAACGUAUGGAAACAAGUUUCUGAGACACAGGCACUUCCUUCACAGCUACUGCCUGGAGGAGCUGUACAGACUUCUUGUUGCACAAUUGCAACCUCUUCUUAAACCAUCUCACAUAUCUUGCUUUGGGUUAUAAAGCUCUUACAAGUACAUUUGUUAAAAGGAAUACAGUAUUUUUAUUGACUUGUGAUAUAACUCAUAGGGUGCAUUUUUCUUUUUUGCUUCUGCUUAGUUGUGGCAUUUGUGGUUUUAUUUCUAAAUCAUGAAAAUAGGCAAGAUGUAAUGACCAGAUAUCCAAAAAUUUGGAAUUGAAGCUUGAAAUUUUGCCCGUCAAUUAUAUCAAUAAUUUCAUGGGGGAAAAAAGUGUAUAACAUGCCACAGUCUGUUACAGAAAUUUAGUUUUUUAAAACCUGAGCAUAUUUAAAAGCUUAUACAUCUAAACUUUUUUUAAUGGCACUCCACAUAUGGAAAUCACUUCUUAAAAAAAAAUGUACAUUGGUCAUCUAAAGAUGACUGUAUUUUCCACUUGUAUCCAACAUAACCUUUUCUGUCUAUAGAUCUAAAGAUAGAAUGUAGAUAUGCCAAAAUGGGAAUUCCAAAAAGUUUGACUUUUGGCAAACUAAAAGCAGAGCUAUUUAAGUGAGACUGACACCUAACUCUCCAUAGAUAGAGCUGGGUUCGGAAAUGAGUUAACAUAAAAAGAACCCUGACUUGGGGGGAGGGUAUAGCUCAGGGGUAGAGCACGUGCUUAGCAUUGCAAGAGGUCCUGGGUUCAAUUCCCUAGUACCAAUUCAAUUUACAUAAAUAAACCUAAUUACCUCUCCCCCACCCCCGCCCCACCCAACACCAAAAAAAGAACCCUGACCUGAUAAUGGGUCCCCCAGUGGGGGAAGGAACACUGCCACGUGGAGAGGGCCACCAAUGUCAGUAGCACCAUCAGUAAUGGCAGUCACUGCAGCAUCUAAAAUGCCCCCUCACCUUUCCAAGGCCCCCAGGAGGUGGUCAGGAUUACCCUUGUUGAAAGCAAUACUUCUAGCAUUUUCCACUGAGAACAGUAAAAUCCAGAGGAGUUAGGGUACUUGCUGGCGGUUGCCCUGGCAGUGAAAACUCUUCUAAAACCCAGGUCAUUUGGAUCCACUUCGCCUCACAGGAAAUCAAGGGUCAGACUCAGAUAUGCAACUGCCUGAUGUGUGAUCCUGGAUGAGCCUUGAAAACCUAUCUUUGUCUCAGUUUUACCCCAAUAAAAGCCAAGACAAAUUAUUUAUCAGCUACCUUAUGACUUCAAACUAAUAUGAUUCAUGGGAACGUCCAAGUUUUGUCUCCUCAGAAUGCAUUUUGUAUGUAGGUGUGGGUGUGUGGGUAGGUGUGGGUGUAUAGUUCAGGGUAAUAGGAAAGUUCUGGGCCAAAUUUAAAGCACAACCUUUUGUUUAUGGAGAAAAAAAUCUAACUUUUAUUCUAUUUUUAAAAGAAAAAAACACACUGGAAAAAGACAACCCAAAUAUUUAGACUCUAACUUAAGGCUCUAAGGAAUAACAUGUCUUUAUUAACAAAAUCUGGUCAUUAUAUCUCAGAUAAGAAAACAAGUUUUGAUCUUAGUUGAAAUCCACGCAACUCUACUGCUAAAAAUAAUCUUAAACA